AUAUCUGAAAAAUAUUGAAAUUUUUACCUGGCAUCUCUGCCGGGAACAGCAAUAAAUUGUAAAUAUUAUUUGUAACUGAACUCUAGUGUACCUUAUGUGAAAUAUUUUGAUAAUAUUGCUCUUAAACAAAAAUGAACGAACCCAGUUAUUUUCCUAAUUAUUAUUCCAUUAAUGAUUUGAUGAUAACGCAAGAACGAAUACCCUGUCGAGCUCUACAGAACCUCUAUGGCUUAGGCUUUUUGGAUACAUCCGAGAAAAGUGAAAACUUGGAACCAAACCACCAACUUGAAUUGCCACUUUGGUACUUAUUGCAGCAAGAUGAACGAAAUCCAAACUUUCAAUUGGUUGUUCCUGAAAUUUUUACUACGGCUUACAAAGAAAUCUACAAGGCGGAUGCAAACUAUGUCGAGCUUGGAAAGUUAAACAAAUUUUACUAUGAACUAGGCAUGUAUUUGUGUAAGUUUGAAGCAGGAGAUGAUUUAGCUGGGAUGCUGUUUGAUACUGCUCAGGAACGAGUAAAAGGAAUAAAGGAUAUGUGCAACAAUGUGAGCAAUGAAAAUUUAACAGACAACAAGAAACUUGAAUACAUGGAAAGGAUUCUCUACGAAGCUGGUAGUAAAAGUCAUAAAAUGUUCGCUGACUGGUUACAAGAAAAGUCUGUUAACAUCAAAUCAACCGAGUUGGUUACUAAUCAUCGAAAACGAAAGCGAGAUCUCAUGGACGAUGAUGAAGUUGAUUUACAAAUUUCUCAGCGUAAUUCAAUUCAAAUUCAAUGAUAGCUUUCAUAGUUUAUUAAAUUUUCAACUCGAUUUUCUAA